GACAACCACCAAUGCGGCCACACAGCAGAAAGAGUGAGCGGGGAACGUCGGAGAGGUCUUCUCAGGAAGCGGAGAGCCUCCCGUGGGCCUGAGGAGGCAGCAAGCAAAUUGAUGUUUUGGUUUUUUUUUCUUUACCUUUUGGAUCAAGUUGUGGCAGGGAAGUUGAUGAGGUGGACAUCUUGUAGCUUUUCUGCACAUUUGAAUCCGUCGACCAAAGAACCAAAACCCAGUGUGAGAAGAUCUCCGCAAGCAGGACUUUGUAAUCGUUUCAGCCUUGAGUGCCCCAAAGAAUCCACUCUCUCAGUGGCGGUACCGACCAUGGGCAAGACCGGACAGAGUACGGUGGACUUAAACUCCCUGAGUGAUAUCAAGCAAACGGUUCCCUUCGAGGAAAUGGAGCUUGCGGUGCCCCCUGCAGACCAACAGAAGCAAAAAGAGGAACCCCCUGACCGAGGCAGCUGGAAGGGCAAGUUUGACUUCCUGCUGUCGUGUGUUGGGUACGCCAUCGGCUUGGGUAACGUCUGGAGAUUCCCGUAUUUGUGCGGCAAAAAUGGUGGAGGGGCAUUCCUGAUCCCAUACUUCUUGACUCUGGUGUUUUGUGGGAUACCGCUGUUCUUACUGGAGACGUCUCUGGGACAGUUCACCUCAGUGGGAGGUCUCGGGGUGUGGAAGCUCAUGCCGAUGAUGAAGGGUGUCGGUUUGGCCGCAGUGGUGCUGUCCUUCUGGCUCAACAUCUACUACAUCAUCAUCAUAGCCUGGGCCCUCUACUACUUGUUCAACUCUUUCGGUUCGGAGCUGCCCUGGCAAAAUUGCGACAAUCCCUGGAACACCGACAAGUGUUUCUGCAACUAUAGCCUGAACGACACCACCAACCUGACCAGCGCUGUCACAGAGUUCUGGGAGCGUAACAUGCACCAGCUCUCCGGUGGUUUGGAGGAGCCAGGGGAGCUUCGUUGGCCCCUGGUGGGCACCCUGGCGCUCGCCUGGGUCCUCGUCUAUUUCUCAAUCUGGAAGGGAGUGGAGUGGACGGGGAAGGUGGUGUAUUUUUCAGCGACCUAUCCCUACUUUAUGCUCUUCAUCCUGUUCUUUCGAGGGGUCACACUCCCGGGAGCCAUCGACGGCAUCCGUUUCUACAUCACACCAGACUUCAAUAAGCUCAUCCGCUCAGAGGUGUGGCUGGACGCAGCCACUCAAAUCUUCUUCUCCUACGGCCUGGGCCUGGGCUCGCUCAUCGCACUGGGCAGCUACAACAGCUAUCAUAACGACGUCUACAAGGACUCCAUCAUCGUGUGUUGCAUCAACUCCUGCACCAGCAUGUUCGCCGGCUUCGUCAUCUUCUCCAUUGUGGGCUUCAUGUCGUACAUCACCAAGAAACCUGUUCAGGAGCUAGCCGCUUCGGGUCCUGGCCUGGCGUUUUUGGCGUAUCCUCAGGCGGUCACACAGCUGCCCAUGUCGUCUUUGUGGGCCAUCCUCUUCUUCUCCAUGCUAAUGAUGCUGGGCUUGGACAGUCAGUUCUGCACGGUGGAAGGCUUCGUCACAGCUCUGAUGGACGAGUAUCCCUUGUUGCUGAGGAAGAGGAAGAAGGUGUUCAUCCUGGUCGUCUGCCUCGUGUCCUUCAUCAUCGGGUUCUCCAACAUCACACAGGGCGGCCUCUACGUGUUCAAGCUGUUUGACUACUACUCGGCCAGCGGAAUGUGCCUCCUCUACCUCGUCUUCUUCGAGACAGUCUCCAUCGCCUGGCUUUACGGAGCUGAGAGAUUCUACAAGGACAUCGAGGACAUGAUUGGCUACCGACCCUGCGUUUGGUGGAAGCUCUGUUGGAAGUUUUUCACGCCGCUCAUCUGCUUGGGUGUGUUUACCUUCAGUGCUGUGGAGAUGACGCCCCUGACUCUGGGCCAGUACGUGUACCCUGUGUGGGGCCAAACCAUCGGCUGGACCAUGGCCUUGUCCUCCAUGGUGCUCAUCCCUGGCUACGUCGUCUACAUGCUGUGCACGACGCCGGGAAGCAUCAAGGAGCGCUGGAAGAGGAUGACAACAUCGCAGCAGGAGGACAAGCCAUCGGGUCACGAUGUUUUUACGCACACAGGGAAUGUCGGUGAAGCCCUCGUUUAGCCCCCCUUCUAUGUUCCCUAAAAUAAUAAUCACACUGUCAUGCUAGAUUUAGUCACAUUUGACACUUGAAUGUAGAACUUUGCUAUAUUUUACUAGGACAUUUUACAUCUUAAAAAAAUGGACAUUUUCUCAAUAACUCCAAUUGUAGGCCAUCAUAUGGGCAUGCAAUACGUUUGUGUAUUAUAACGUAUAGGUCAUACUUUGCAUUAUUGAUGACAUAAAUGGACAAGCGACGCACAACACAUUUUACAAUAGAUCUAACUGUUAGACAUGUAAAUUGUGUUUUUCGAUUAUGUUCAAAAAUGUGGUAAAAAAAAUAAAUAAAUGAAAAUAUCCAUAUAAUUUUAAAAAUAAUAUAUACAGGCCAUAAAAUGAGAUGUCGCUGCAUAUUCUAAUAUACUAAAUAUUACACUGUAAUCAACAAAGAAAAUAAUGUAGCUAUAAAACGACAAAAGUGGUUAGAUGGUGCACCUGUACCUAAUUAAAUGUCUCAUGACAUUCAAAUGUUCAACGUUGCCGUUUAUGUUAAAAAAAAUACUUCAACAUGAAUGCAUUGUGAUCGAGCUCCUGUGUAAAGUGCACGUAAUUAGAUGAACAAAUAUGUCAAUAAUUCUUUAUAUUGUGCGUAAAUAAAUCUCCAAGAAUCAAUCAUAAGACACACAGAUGGACUUGAAUGAUAUUUAAUAGCAUGUUGAUAUACUGCAAAGACAGAGAGGAAAUCAACCGCGGGAAGUGAUAGCU